AACUUUUCUCAGGUCUUCAGACACCCCAACUACAACUCCCAGACCAUCGUCAAUGACAUCACUCUGAUCACUCUGAUCAAGCUGGCCACACCCGCCACCUACACUGACCGCAUUUCCCCCGUGUGUCUUGCCGCCACAGUUGAUGUCUUCAAUGGAGGAGAGAGAUGCGUCACCUCCGGAUGGGGAUACACCAGCGCCCUCGUUCAGGUCACCCCAUCUAAGCUCCAGCAGGCAUCUCUUCCUCUCCUGACCACCACCGAUUGCCAGAGAUACUGGGGAACCAACAUCAGGGACACCAUGAUCUGCGCUGGUGCCUCCGGCGUCUCCUCCUGCAUGGGUGACUCUGGUGGACCCCUCGUGUGCCAGAGGAACGGAGCCUGGACCCUGGCCGGUAUCGUGUCCUGGGGCAGCUCUUCCUGUUCUACAUCUACUCCUGCCGUCUACGCCCGCGUCACCGCCCUCAGAUCCUGGGUGGACCAGACUGUUGCUGCCAACUAA